AUGCCAAAACAAGAAGAAUUAACGGUUCCAUUGUCAGCGUACAAUGAAAUUGUAGAGAGAGCAGUGAAGGCCGAAACAAAAAUGGAAUCAAGUAAUGCAUUAAAAUGGUUUGUAACAGCCCGUUCUGCUAUAGAAGAUUUUGAAGAGAAACAUAAUAGUCGUAAGAUAAGAAUUGAUGUACCCAAGGAGGUAAACGAUAUAUUUGAAAGAAGACGAUUAAGAAGAGAGAUGAGAUGGCAAUGUAUCUUAGAUAAAUGCGAAUUCUAUGAUGUUAAAAAUUUACUAGACCGGCUAGAACAGAAUAAAAUGUUAAAAGAGGAAUUCUGUUCACGAAUUUCCAUCGCCUACGGCCUGCUAUCAAAAAUAAUACACACCACAGUGUUAACACCAGGGUCUGGCCAAAUAAGUUUCAGUUUCCUCACAACGGAUGAAGAUGUAAAUAAGGCUAUAAAAAUUUUCAUGCAGGGAUUUGAAAUAAAAGAUCAAGUUGUUGAAAGAAUUCAAUGA